AUGCCUUCAUACAAGGAUUCUGACGAUUACAAGACCUACAAAGAAGGUCUUCUCCAGGGCGGCAAGAACCACCGCAUGGAGGAUCUUCCUCCCUUCGAGUUCAACGAGGCUGUCCCUGUCUGA